AUGGACCAGACAAUUUUCAAAGUUGAAGACUACUUAUGGGGUGCCAGAACAUCAAGAGGGAUCCAGAUAUACUUCUGUGGUGUCUGUUCAUACUGGACAUCUGUCAAGACGCAUGCUACAAGACACAAGCGUGUUCAUACUCAAGAGAGGCCUUAUCAGUGUAUUGCAAUCUACAAAGUUGAAGACUACAUAUGGAGUGCAGAGCCAUCAGGAGGAAUCCCAACCCCACUGUACUUCUGUGGUGCAUGUUCAUACAUCACACAUCUUAAGGGCAAUGCAAGAAUCCACAGACGUGUUCAUACACUGGAAAGGCCUUAUCAAUGCACCCUGUGUCACAAGUAUUUUACCCAAAGUAGCACUCUGUAUCGACACAUGAGGCAAGACAGGACAACUGUCAUACACAGUGUGUAUUUCAUGUCAUGCAAGUCUGUCCUGAAAUUCAGGCAAGCUAAUGCCUGUGGGGAAAGGGGGAAUUACCUUGAAAUAGAUUUGCAUAGCCUUGCUACUCUGAGAUUCAAUUCAUUUGAAAGAGGUGAAAUGAAUUGA